AUGAAGAAAUUUCAACACAGGAAUCAAACAGAAGUGACGGAAUUUAUCCUCUUAGGACUCUCGGAUAAUUCAGAUUUGCAAGAGGUCCUCUUUCUGUUGUUUUUGUCAGUCUAUAUGGUGACUAUGGUGGGGAACUUGGGGAUGAUUGUGUUAAUUAAGAUUGACCCUUCUCUCCACACUCCCAUGUAUUUCUUUCUCAGUAGCCUCUCCUUUGUCGAUGCCUCUUAUUCUUCUUCUGUUACUCCUAAAAUGCUGGUGAACCUCAUGGCUGAAAAUAAGGCCAUUUCCUUCAGUGGAUGUGCUGCCCAGUUCUACUUCUUUGGCUCCUUUCUGGGAACGGAGUGCUUCCUGUUGGCCAUGAUGGCGUAUGAUCGUUAUGCAGCCAUCUGGAAUCCUCUGCUCUAUCCAGUCCUCAUGUCUGGGAGGAUUUGUUUCCUGCUAGUAGCAACGUCUUUCCUAGCAGGUUUUGGGAAUGCAGCCAUACACACUGGAAUGACUUUUAGAUUGUCCUUUUGUGGUUCUAAUAAGAUCAACCAUUUCUACUGUGACACCCCACCCUUACUCAAACUCUCCUGCUCUGACACUCGCAUCAAUGGCAUCGUGAUCAUGGUUUUCUCUAGUUUUAAUGUCAUCAGUUGUGUGAUGAUUGUCCUUAUUUCUUACUUGUGCAUCCUUGUUGCCAUCUUAAGGAUGCCUUCCUUGGAGGGCAGGCACAAGGCUUUCUCUACCUGUGCCUCUCACCUCAUGGCUGUCACCAUAUUCUUCGGAACUAUUCUCUUUAUGUACUUGCGUCCUACUUCUAGUUAUUCAAUGGAGCAAGACAAGGUUGUCUCUGUCUUUUACACAGUCAUGAUUCCUAUGUUAAAUCCACUCAUUUAUAGUUUAAAAAAUAGGGAUGUGAAAGGGGCAUUAAAAAAGAUUUUGCAGGGCCGAGGUGGUAGCACAGCGGGUUAA